CUGCUUGCGGUUACAUCUUUCAGCCUGAACUCCAUUAAGGAGUGAGGAGCUGCAUUUGUUUGUCGUUCAUUCAUCUGCUGCCUCUUCUCUCUUUCAUUUCUUUCUGUUUCUUUUUGCAGAGCAUCUCCUAGUGUUUGGUAGAUUCCACCUCUGCUGGUUUUCGCUGAGGACCGUAAAGAGAUUAUAGGGAUCCAGCAGCAGCAGUUGACGUUAAGACCUCCGGGCUUUAAGGAUCAGGUUUUUAUUUAUAAACGCUUACAUAAACCGGCAAACAGUGGCGUGUUGCUGUGUUUCUGAAGGCUUCCUUCUGUUUAAAACAUAGUUUAUUCUUAAAUAAUAUUCUGCUGUAGGAAGACAUUUAUCCGCCCGAGUUCAUGCCAGAUCUGCAGCGCUUUAGUUUUAAAUACCAUAGAAUGAAUCCUUUGUUGGGGGCCAACACGCAUCCCCAGCAGCAGAGCCAGGCCCCCGGACACCCGGACUCCCCCUCUGUCCUCCUUCCCGAAGCCGCGUUCGGCGGACCGGACCCGGCGUCUCUUCUUCUGUCCGAUCAGCUGGCACCGGGGCCCGACCUGCCGGGACAGCCGCAGACCUCUCCUUACCCCCACCACGCCCAGAGCGGCCCCUACCAGCACCGCGCAGUGCCGCCGCAGCAGCAGCCGCACCCCCCUGCAGCCAUGGCCCUCAGGAACGACCUGGGCUCCAACAUCAGCGUGCUGAAGACCCUUAACCUCAGGUUCCGAUGCUUUUUGGCCAAAGUGCAUGAACUGGAGCGCAGGAAUAAAAUUUUGGAGAAGCAGCUGCAGCAGGCGCUGGAUGUCAACAAGAGCUGUCAGGAUGGAUGCUGUGAGAACAAACUGCACACCCAGGAGGCAGGUGUGCAAACUGGGUUUGUGGGGACCAUCCCACUCAGACCAGGCUCUCUUCCAUUUCACAACACUAACAACUCAGCAAGGAGGCCCACAAGCCUGUUUCCACCAUCAUCUGCAACAACUUUCUCACCAGCAGCUACUGAAAACUCCUUUUUAACCCAAACCAAUGCAACCUGCAACCCAACCAUCACCAUCAGCCAGUCCUCCCCCUGUGUGGACUCUCCGGUGUCAACCAAAGGAACCCAACACAUCUCCACCAACCCUCCUCCACGGUUCCUGCCGGGGACCAUCUGGUCUUACAACCAUACCCGCAAGUUUGGCCCUGGGGCAGAGCGCCUACCAAGCCCGGGGGUAUCCUGGAUGCACCCGGAUGGAGUUGGGGUCCAGAUUGACACCAUCACCCCUGAGAUAAGAGCCCUCUACAAUGUCCUGGCUAAAGUGAAGAGAGAGAGAGAUGAAUAUAAACGAAGAUGGGAGGAAGAAUACACAAUGAGGAUGGAUCUGCAACAGAAGAUAGCGGAUCUUCAAGAGGACCUGCAGGAGAGUGAAGGUUGUCAGGACGAACUGGCUCUUAGAGUGCAGCAGCUUAAGGCAGAGCUGGUUCUCUUCAAAGGCCUCAUGAGCAAUAAUUUGUCUGAGCUAGACACGAAAAUCCAGGAGAAAGCCAUGAAGGUGGACAUGGACAUCUGCCGGCGAAUCGACAUCACUGCUCGUCUGUGUGAUGUCGCACAGCAGAGAAACUGUGAAGAUGUGAUCCAAAUGUAUCAGGUCCCAAACAACCAAUCCACUCUAAGUAUCAGGCGUAAACCAACCCCCCUGUCAAUUAACGGGACUGAGUGUGAGGAACCAGUCAACACCGAAAGUGAGGUGGGCGUGGCUAAAGAAGAGGAACACUUUGGCUCCUCGGCCAAUCAGAUCAACGAGGAGAUGCAGAGGAUGCUGACCCAACUACGAGAAUGCGAAUUUGAGGAUGACUGUGAUAGUCUGGCAUGGGAGGAGACUGAAGAGACACUUCUUCUUUGGGAGGAUUUCCCAGGAUGCACUCUACAUCCCGAUCCGACCCACCAACCAGGAGAGGAGGAGGACUGUCUGGAAAAGGUGAUUAAUGACACAGAAUGUCUCUUCAAGUCCCGCGAGAAGGAAUACCAAGAGACAAUUGACCAAAUUGAGCUGGAAUUGGCCACAGCCAAGAGUGACAUGAACCGGCACCUGCACGAGUACAUGGAGAUGUGCUCAAUGAAGAGAGGCCUGGAUGUUCAGAUGGAGACCUGUAGGAGGCUCAUCACCCAGAGUGGAGACAGUACCCCUGUUGUUCCAUCAGAAGAGAGCGAUCAGAGAGAAACAGACAAGUCUUCGUCUUCCUCCCUCUCUUCAUCAAGCAAUGGGAGAACUUGACAGUUUAUCACACGGCUGUUUAAAGAUGCUGCAUUCAUGUGACCUCUGGGUCAAACGGCAACAGUACAACACUGUAAACACCUAAAACUAUGGCAAUGCUGUGUUUACAUUGACUCAUGCAACAAAACCUUAAAUUAUUGAAUUAUCUGUUGUCUGUGAAUAUCAGUCAUAGAAAUCCUAAAAAAGCAAACCUUGUGAUUAAUUUAAGAAUGCGAGAAAGUUAUGAUUCUGAACAAAAAAACAGCUGUUAAUCUUUGUGAAGAAAGGAUGCAACAAAAGACUCAAAACAAGCUUAUUUGAAUUUCCAACUCAUCACACACUUUAUUGAUGAUGUAUGAGCAACAAUAACAUGAAGGAAAUAUUUUAUCCUUGAGGUCCACUCCUGAUAUAUUUCAAGUCUUCCUGUCCAUUGAAUUUCAAAAUUAAUAAAUUAAUUGUUAGAAUAUUGAUGCCAUAAAAAUAACAAGUUAUUUUCCCCCAUUAGAAAGUUUCUAAGUAAUGCAUUUUUUUGUAACAUAGGAUCCUCUGAUGCACAAUUUAUUAGUUUUUUCCCCAGAUAUCUUCAUAAAUUAAUACCAUAUGCUAAUUGUUUUACAAAUCAAAGAAAGAGAUAAAUAUAAAAAAAAUAAUUUCAAACAGAGUCAAAGUUUUUGCUGGACAUCAUACUCCACUACAAACAUUUGUUGUUGAGCCAAACCAGUUUAUUAUGCAAUAAUGAUUCUGGGAGGGGAGACGGUCAAAGACAAGCUUGUGCAGUCUCAUUAUUUAUAGGCUAAGAAUCGUGUAAUUUCCUCUCCCACCUCU